CUCUGGCAGAUGCAUUAAGGGGAAAUAAAGCACUUUCGCCGACCCCCAACUAACACUCGAGACAAACACCACAAGUCCACAACCACUCAAGAUGACCCCAUUGGGAAUGGUAUGGACAGUGGUGUGUUUGUGGACAACAGGUAGGACCGCAAUAUUCUGUCUACACACUGUCAACAAGUUAUUCUCUGUUGAGGCCUCAGGAACAGGAUUAGACCUACCUUGACACCGAGUGCAAGUCAGAGUGUUAAGUGUGUGUGUUAUUUGUUAUUUGCUUAUCAUUCCAUUUGUGGAAAGGUCGUUAUUUCUGACUAGUCUUGUGUAUUUUUGCAAUAAGGUUUCACACCAGAAAAGGUUAAGGGAGUUAAUGGAGCGUUGAAGAGGCCCCUGUGUUUUCUUUAAGUUUCUUUAUAUAAAGUUCUUUAAAAUAUUUAAGUGAUUUGAGUGAUAUGUUGUUUUAGUCUGUGAUGAUCGAAUAACAGUAAAUAAAAACAGUAUGCUGGAGCCAAAAUGCACAGACCCUCAAUAUUGUCUCCAAGACAUGACUGAAAUUCAAAGACGACCAAGAGGUAUUCUUAAAUCUACGAAAGCUCUGCAGUUAAGAUAUUUAUACAUAUUUCUGUGGACAUUACAUAUAAAGAAGCCAAGCAAAACAGUUCAGCAGUGUCUAACACAAUGUUUGCUUCAUAAUGUCGCCUCGAUAGAUAAGUCUCUCCUCUAACCUUUUAUUUGUGUUUCUUCAUGGUUCCAAGGUGCUAUCAUUUAACAUUUCCACUCUUGCAAAACUACUGGUUUGAUGAUAGUGUUGGUUUGUGCAUGUUUAGGUUAUUUGCUUCAUUUUACAUGGAGCAGUCUCAAACCUUCUGUUUUCUUUCUGUCUUUCUAACUUACUAUAUGUAUUUCAAGUAUAAUGUAUCUGAUUUAAAUAAACAGGUUUUCACAACACUGGUGAAAGCACAAUCAUUUAAUUACAUUGACGCACAAACAGACAAUGUUUCAAACUUAUACGGCUCUUUGUCAGGUGAAAAUAUUGUAGGACAGCAUACGUGUUACGGACAUCCAUCAUGUCUUCUUAUUAUUUUGAUCUCUGUCCAGCACGCACAAAUGGCAAUAGGACCUUAUUCCAUCAGUAUUGUUUAUAUACUGUAUGUUUCCUUUGAUGUGGUGGAAGUUUGUUUAGCCAAACUAAACCUCCAUUCGCGUCUCCUAUCCCAGUGUCCAGCCAGACACCAAAAGAGUCCGACUUCGUCCGCUACCCCCGGAUCAAUGACACAGAGGUCCUCACCUGUGAGUGUUCCAGCCGCUCCUGCCAGGAGGUCUUCUGGUUCCGCACUCUCCAUGGCAACCUCUGCUUCCAGUUCCUUCUCAGACUCAACAAUGCUGGCCGGACCAUCCACAAACACGGUGUGGACCAACACCGGUUCAAGGCCAGUCAGCGGGAUGGGGGAAGCAAGAUUACUUUCACACUGCGCAUCAUUAACAUAAUGGCAGAGGAUGCAGGGCUGUACUCCUAUAUGCUCCAGAACCAGAAAGAGAAUGAGCUGUGGAGGCUAGGAGUUCUUCUCAGACCUGGAGGUGAGAGGAACCCAUUUCCCUGCAUGGCACUGACAUUUCCCAUUCUUCUUAUGGCUGAUUAGAGAUGAGAAGAUUCCUGAAUUAAUCCAGAAUUCCAAUAUUUCCGAGCUAGAACUAGUUACACAACAAUGGAAUGCACUCUCUUACACUAUACUACUUUAUUAUUUUUUUAAUGGCCUGAGAACAGACCAAUUUCCUGAUUUUCAAUAUUCUACCGAAACAGUUUAAUUCAGAUUUUGCUUUGUCUCUCUUCACAGAGCUGAGUUGGAAUUCAUUUAAUUUCUAGUGAAGUCAGGACGUCAGUGGGCAAUUCAGCCUUAUUAUCGAAAAGAAAAAGCAAUUAGAAGUUAAUAUUCCCUUGCGCCAGUUGAGUUACCGUCUCAGCUUCUUCAUCUGUCCAAAUCUCCUUCAAUUAUCUUUUGUGUAUUUCGUCUCGCUCACAGUGUGUUUUACAUCCAUCAUAUUGUAAAACACCAGAAACUCGGCCAACAUUACCCCCCAUCACAAAGCCCCAGCCCCAAGGCAUCCCAAACGGCUGCUGCACCAAAAGCAACUACCAAACCCCAAAAGGUAAGGUUCAUAAGUUUAACGAGUCUGUCCAAUAAGUUGUUUGUUGUAACAAGUUGAAUGUGUUAAGCUAAAUCCACAUUAGAUUAUCCCAUAAAUUGGUGACAUCUCGUUCUCUCUUUUGGAGAACCAGGGUUAUGUCUGUAACCCCAAUGUUAUGUAACUAGUCACGUUGAUACGAUAUACCCCAGCUGUUUAAACAUUGUUUAACAGGUUUUCUGUUGUCUUCCAGGCUGUGGCUCCAAGGUUCUCUGGCCUUUGGUUGGAGUACUAUUGGCCCUGGCUGUGGCUUUGAUCUCCACACUGUACUACUUCAGCCGUGAGCCACUUCUCUCCUUCCUUGCCUUCAGAUAAAGCAAUAUAGCAGAACCAACAAGGAAUGUGCUCCAGUGCUGUUUGUAAUUAGCAUAGUCAAUUGUCAAAGAUGCUGGUCAUACAGGGCCAAAGCCAUACUAGAG